AUCCUGGGCCGCGUCACGGUGCGGCUGAACGGCAUCGAGUCCUCCUGCGGAGGCGAGGACGACGGCGAGGGCGAGGGUUGUGUCUACAGCUUUGCAAGGAGGAGCACCCCAUCUGUUGUGGAGGUCGCGCCCUUGCAUGGGCAAACCCUUGAGGAAGAGGUGCCGUUGGUCCGCAUCAUCGUGGCCGGCUGGGACGGGAUGUCCCCAGACCUACCCGAGGUCUACUUUGGGUCCCAGCAGUGUGACGUGAACCUCACGAAGCGCUUGGUCCAGCGUUGCCCAGAUUGCGGGCAGGGGCACUGCAUCUCCAACGUGCUGACGGCAGACAUGGCCGACGCCAGCGGUCAGGGAGGCGAGCCGCCGGUGGCUUGCAAGUGUCAGGAUGGCUGGCACGGCGAGAACUGUCGCCAUCCCUGCACCUGUGUCUACCCCGGCACGGUCUCAUGUGCAGAUGGCGCCCAGGGCGACGGCAGCUGCACGUGUGUGGACCUGCACAACGGCACGAACUGCGAGAUGUGCGAUGCAGGCUACUACCGCUCCAGAGCCGACGGCCUCUGCGAUACCUUCUGCGACCGCAACGACACCUGCUCCGGCUCGGGAAGCUGCACCCAGCGCGGGCAGUGCCAAUGUGACCUCUGGUACUUUGGAGAGCACUGCGACUGCUCGUGCAACGGUCAUGGUAUUUGCGACGACGGCGUGUGCAAGUGCGAUGUACGAUGGGAUGGAGAGUUUUGCGACGAGCCCAGCGCCAGCAACGCCUCCUGCGGCAACUGCAGCGCGCGGGGCAUUUGCGGUGAUGGCUGCGAGUGCCUUGAAAGCUUCUACGGGGAGAAUUGCGAACGCUCCUGCGGAGAUUGCGAGGAGGAGAGCACUGUGUCCUGCGACUUGGGCUUCUGCUUCUGCCGCGAGGGCUUCUGGGGCCCCAAGUGCGAGCGCCAGUGCGAGUGCGGAGCGCUGGGCACCAGCUCCUGCGACUUCACCAGUGGAGCUUGCAGCUGCCGGGAAGGGUGGCAGGGUACCAGCUGCAGCGAAUGCGCCCCCAACUACUACCCGCAGGGCCAGUGCGACGUCUUCUGCGAAGGUUCCAGCACCUGCGGAGGCUUCGGCGAGUGCAAUGACGAGGGCGCAUGCCUUUGCUUCGGCUCCCGCUCGGCGGAAUCUUACUGCCGGACGUGUCUGUCGCACUACUACCCCGCCGAGGAAGCCACGCUGAUUCUGGGCAUCCCUGAUCCCCCGGAGAUCUUCGUGGAGGAGCUUCGGGAGGUGGAAGUGGACUGCCCAGGCCCAGGCGAAGACGAUGACAAUGACUCGGACGACUUCAACGCGUCCAAUGCCUCCAAUGCCUCGAACGACUCCAAUGGCAGCGCCGGGGAGUCCCAAGGUGCCUGGUGA